AUGCUAACAUAUAGGUUUGGCUCCGUCUAAUCUUUUGGGAUCUUUGGUUCCUACAGAUGAUCAUGUUUUGACUAAAUUUCAAUGACCUUUUGUAUGUGGAUUACUUGAAUAGACUUUAUCUUGCGGAUCCCCAGAAAACAUGUCUAGCCGAAAUCUAUUUAUUUCUGAGCACUCUGUAAAGGCUGGAUGUCAACGUAUCAUCUAUGACAGUUCAUGAAGAAUUAAUCGAAAAUUCGUUCCGAGAUGUCACCAGUUCGGAAUAUGAGCAUAAUGUUACUCACUUCCAGUACUGCCACGGUAUUGGCAGUGACUGCAAUGAUCCUGGCUCGAUCUGUAGAAGCAAAGGUCGUACGACCUCUCAACGGGUCUCAGGAUGUGACUUCUGGAACUCCACCUCUGGUCUCUGGACCUUCGGGCCUACUUUCUGGACCUCCUGAAAAUCCUGAGUAUUUGAAGCCUUGGGAAGAAAGAACGGAGAGAGUGGUUGAGAAUGCGGAAGAGCUGCUUAUCAACGAAUGUUUGCUCCAGAGGGAUGAUACUUAAUGAUACACUGGAAUGCGAAACAGUUGAGAAGAAAGAUGAGAUUGUUGCCAUUGCUAACAGCAUUGCAGUCGAUGCGUCUAUGAAACCUGCCAAACUGAAUUCAGAUCAAAUGGUCCUAAGUGAAUAUUUUGCACAUAUUUGUUCAGGAGACAAAUCCGAAGUGGUGUACUGGCCUAAGGGUGGACAGCUCAAAACCCAUUACAUCAAUCACAAGAAUGGGGAGCUUUUGGUAGUUAACAAUACUAUGAAGAAGUUUCCAUCGACUACAUAUUGUGUGGAUGAAGCGAAACAUGAAGGAGAGCUAUCAUAUGCUUUGAUGAUGUGUCCCUGCACAGUCUCCACCUGCAUCCAAAAAUGCUGUCCAGAAACCAUGCACUUUGACACGAUCAUUGAGCAAUGUGUGCCUUCGAACCCAAACAUCUCCACCUUCCAACCAACUUUGCAACGAAUGAUGAAUGACACUCAGAAUGAACAUUUUUUCCUGACCUACGGAAUACCUCAAUGCAAAGGUCAAUUGAUGAUGUUGCUACUGAAUAUGACCAAGGUGUAUCCGCAGGAGAGUGGUUAUCUUAUGUUGGAUGAUGAAGAGAAUGGGCAGCAUCAGUUUUAUGAACGUGGGAAGAAUUACAAUCUAAUAGAAGCCACCGCUUCGAUUGAUAUGCUAUUUUCAAUCAUUGUCUGAUGAACUGGUGGACUAGACUGUAUUAUGUAGAAGUGUAUGGUUUUACUGCUUCAUUCGAAAUUCUCUGCACAUAGGCCAAGCAGCUUUGGUGGCUCAUAAUGUUGCUUAAGUAGACAUUGUUACUAACCUAGAAAAUUAAAUAGUGACCACCCGCUCAAUCAGAUAUUGCCUGGAUACAUUUUUAGACAGAAUCUCCAACAAAUCCUCUCCAGGAGCCUGGAUAUGCAAAAAUGCAACCAAAAACUAUAGCUACGAAGAAACAGCCCCAAAUAGCAAGUUGGUACCAUCAUCUGUCGGCAUGGAAAAAAGUAUAAAACUUGGAAAAGAGCUGUUGAAGGUGAAAGCAUUGCAAAUAAGUGAAGAUGAUGAAUAUCCUGAUGAAAAUGAACCAAAAAUCCAAAUCAAGUCGUUUGAUUCCAGAGCUGGAGCUGGAACCAUCAACGCUCUAGGCCGUAUGGUUGCCAUUUCCUUAAUGGUUGUCUUGUACGAGAAAAUACGUUGCCUUGUAUCAUGAUGAAAUCAUAAGAAAUAUAUAGCAUACGUUCUGAUUCA